AUGACCACUCCCACUACAGCUGGUAAGCCAAUCACCUGUCUGGCAGCAGUAGCAUUGGAGCCUAAGGAGGAAUACUGGGAUGAUGCUUUGAACAUUGAGGAGGUCAUUGUAGCCCCCCCUAAGACUGGCGAGGUUCGAGUCAAAAUCACCCACACUGCUCUGUGCCACACUGAUGCCUUCACACUAUCUGGUCACGACGCAGAGGGCAAGUUCCCUUGUGUCCUUGGUCACGAGGCGGCUGGCAUUGUUGAGAGCGUCGGGCCGAACUGCAGGUCUCCGGUGAAGCCAGGGGAUGUGGUCAUCCCUUGCUACCAGGCCCAGUGUUUUGAUGAGGACCAGGACAAGAAUACAUGUCCGAGGUGCCGAGGGUAUAAGGCUGGCAAGACGAAUCUUUGCGGGAAGAUCCGUGCAUACACUGGGGCUGGCGUCAUGGCCUGUGACAAUGGAACUAGGUUUACACUCAAGCGCACUGGAGAGCCCCUUUACCACUAUAUGGGCACGUCGACGUUCAGUCAGUACACUGUCCUGCAUGAGGAAUCGGUUGCUAUCAUAACUCCUGAGGCCCGAGAUAAACUCGAUAAAGUGAACCUGUUGGGCUGCGGUGUGGCUACUGGCUGGGGAGCAGUGACCAAUACAGCCAAGGUUGAGCCUGGCAGCAUAGUUGCUGUUUUCGGCACUGGAAGUGUUGGCUUGGCUGUUAUACAGGAGGCUGCUAGAAUCGGGGCUAAGCAGGUCAUUGCGAUUGACAUCAAUCCAGCUAAGGAAGAUAUGGCCAGGAAAAUGGGGGCUACUGACUUCAUCAACCCCAAGGAUUAUGGUGAUAAGCCUAUCCAGGAGGUGAUAGUGGAAUACACUAAGGGUGGGGUCGACUACUCCUUCGAGUGUGUUGGUAAUGUGAAGUUAAUGCGAAGUGCACUCGAAUGCUGUCAUGUUGGCUGGGGUCAAUCUAUCAUUGUCGGUGUCGCGGGUGCUGGCCAGGAGAUCGCCACUCGUCCCUUCCAGCUGGUCACUGGUCGUGUGUGGAAAGGUACGGCCUUUGGUGGCUUCAAAAGUCGUUCUGAUGUGCCUAAGUUGGUUGAGGAGUAUCUUCGGGGCGAGCGAGAUAUCGAUCCUUAUGUUACUCACAACUUCAAUUUGAAGGACAUCAAUAAGGGCUUUGACUUGAUGCAUAAGGGGGAGAGUUUACGUGCGGUUAUUUGGAUGGACAGUGACUGCCCAGAGGAGAAGAACUCUGCCAAAUGA